AUGCACAGUGGUAUGGAUGGGGGCGUGGAGGCAGAAACUUUUAAGGGGAAGGGGGUGGAGAGGACCAGGAAUGAGACACCCUAUUUACACAGGCCAGACCAAGGAACUUUAUCGGCACCCCCUCAGUUCAUCCUGUUUCCUGGGGGAGGCGGAGCCCUCUUUUUCACGCCUAGACUCGCUGGAGUUCAGGCUAGGGAGGGGCAGCAGGAUAGGCUUAGGGAUGAGCUCCACCCGUACUUCCCCACUUCUCACCUGCCCAGCCCGGCCCCAGCCCGGGAGAACACGACAGGUCUAGUACCUGACAUGACACCUGAGCAGUCCCCUGGGGUCACCUUUCGCGUUUUUCUGGGGUCUCCUAGUUUGCCUCCCCCCAGCAUUGUUCUCUCUGCCGGGAUGUUCUGCUUCCAGCCCCCGGGCAAUGAGACUCUUCUCAGCUCCCCAGCCUCGAGGGCCACGGGUACUGUGUUCUUGCUGCUGGCUGCGCUGCUGGGGCUGCCCGGCAACGGCUUCGUGGUGUGGAGCCUGGCAUGCUGGCGGCCCGCACGGGGAAGGCCUCUGGCGGCUACCCUGGUGCUGCAUCUGGCGCUGGCCGACGGCGCGGUCCUGCUGCUCACCCCACUCUUCGUGGCUUUUCUGGCCGGCCAGGCUUGGCCUCUGGGUCCCACGGGCUGCAAAGCCGUGUACUACGUGUGCGGGGUCAGUAUGUACGCCAGUGUCAUGUUCACCGCCCUACUCAGCCUGCAGCGCUGCCUGGCCGUCACCCGACCCUUCCUGGCUCCUAGUUUGCGCAGCCCUGCGCUAGCCCGACGCCUGCUGCUUGGCAUUUGGUUAGCUGCCCUGCUCCUGGCGCUGCCAGCAGCGACCUACCGACAUCUGUGGCAGGACCACGUGUGUCAAUUGUGCCACCCUUCGCCUGCCGUGGCCGCGGCCCACCUGACCUUGGAAACCCUGACGGCUUUCGUACUACCCUUCGGAUUGGUACUGGGCUGCUACGGAGUGACUCUGGCCCGGUUGAGGAACGGGCGCUGGGGGGCCGGGAGGCAGGGCGUGCGCGCAGGCCGACUAGUGAGCGCCAUCGUGUUGGCUUUUGGCUUGCUCUGGGCUCCCUACCAUGCUGUCAACCUGCUGCAAGCAGCCGCUGCCUUGGCCCCUCCCAGUGGUUCCCUGGCGCGGCUCGGAGGGGCGGGCCAGGCUGCCAGGGCCGGAGCUACAGCUUUGGCAUUCUUCAGCUCCAGUGUCAACCCUAUUCUCUACGUCUUUGCAGCCGGGGACCUUUUGCCCCGGGCUGGACCCCGCUUCCUGACUCGAAUCUUCGAGGGCUCCGGCGAGGCACGAGGGGGAGGUCGUUCCCGGGAGGGGACCAUGGAGCUACGGGCCACGAGGCAUCUGGGAGGGGCAGGGCAAGGACAGGGGAAUGGGGACCCCGGGGGUGGGGACCGGGGGAGUGGCGCAGCUUGUAAAGACUGA